AUGGCCUCCGAUUCUCUGAGGUCCAUGUACAAAGUGAAACUUCGAGAGGAGAAUACGACUUCGAGCAGACGAACAUCGCGAGGACUAGAAAGGAAGAAACAUCGCGAGGAUGAAGUCAACAAACGGCGGCUGUUGUCCAGCGACAUGUCCCCAGUGUUGGAAGAUAACAUGGAUGGAUCACACCACCGCAGCCAGGAUAAGCACAGCAAACUUGUGACCCAUGAGAAAGUUUCCACAAGACUGGAGCGACUGAAGCAAUGGCGAGAAGAGAAGCAGCGCAAAACUCAGCAACAGAAGAAAGGUAGCCAGAAGCCAGUUUUCAGAGUUUCUCCCUUGAAGCACAUUGAGGAAUCAAAUUUAUACAGGAGGUCAGCAGCACAGGAGGUCUCAGCCACAGUUGUCAGCUCCAGCAGGCAGCAGGUGAAGGCUCAACCUAAAGCUGUCAAAUCUGCAGGCAGUUCAGCUGUCACAGCUGACAGAAAGUCUCCCAAACACCAGCCAGCAAAGGCAGCAUCCACUAGACCCAGAAAGGCUGCAGCUGUGCAGCAGGAUAGAGUAACUGGUUCCACCCAGGCUCAACCUGCACCUGUUUCACAGCAAGGCACCAGGAGUCAGGCUGCCUCCAAGCAACACCAGAGGGGAAAGACAGCUGACCUGGCCUCCAAGCUGCACCAGAGGGGAAAGACAGCUGACCUGGCCUCCAAGCUGACAGUGUCUGCAGCAGCUAAAGCUAAGUCAAAUACAGACCAACCAAAAGCAUUUUUGAGAGCAAACUCACGAGUGACCAGAGCAAGCGCACACAAUCAAGCAGUUGAAUUGCACCUUUCAGAUUCAGCAGUAUCCACUCCAAAGCACUCUACUCCGGCUGCCCGGCGAAGUGUUCGCGGGAAUAAAGCACCAGCAAGCACUAGGAAACAGACCGUUGAGAAUUUGCUGAAAACUGCAGGUAGAGUGACUGACAAGUCUGCAGACGUCUCAGCCAUGGGUGUUGCUGAAGAGGCCAGUGACAAACAGCUACAUGGACCUCUCCUGUCCCAAGAUGCUGUACAUGGACAGAGGUGGAGGUUGUCAGCUGAGAUUAAUCACAAGAAGGGAAGCAAAGGCCACAUAGAAGAUGUAGACAUCACCAUGGGGUCUACAGAAACGCAAGUGGUCAGUGUUCUGGAGAUGUCCAACAAGGAGAAUGUUGCUUGCCCCCAGAGCCAGUCUCAGUGCCUAACCCCAUCAAGGAACAGAGAGACAUAUGCAGAUGUGUCAGUCAGUAGAAGGAAAUCACCAGGAGGUAGCCAGCAUUUGGCUUCCACAAUUAGUGUACAAGUGAUUUCAACUGCCCAGCAAUCCAAGAGGUCUGUGACAGGGAGCAGGCCACAGGGAGAAGUUGAUGCAGGCCUGGCUCUUGAGGUCAGAGGUGAUGCUAGUACACAGCUGCCUGAUGAUGGCACUGCUCUACCACAGUCACACAAGAAACAGUUCAACUCGGCUGUAGCCAAGCGCAGAAGUGUGCGCAUUGCUUCGUUGGCUUUCUGCAGUCCAGCUCAUUCACAUCCUGAAGAUGAACUUGUGACCACUAAAUACCGCAAAACUCCAGCAGUCAAACGCCGGCCAAGUGCUGCAGCACCUCUGACAGAAAACAGUGACAAAUCCACAUUUGUCUCUGUCAGCAACGAAGAGGCCUGUCACUUGAUGGGGGAGAACAUUGUUAGCAAGACUGACACAUCGGCCACUGCCACCAGUCCACUCAAAAAGUAUCCUAAAGUUACUGCUGAUGAUCCCAGCGCAGUCUAUGAGGUGAGGAAACCUGGUCAAUCUGAGGCUUCCGUGCGUGCUCUUCAAGAACUGGCUGUCAGGAAGCGGGAAGGAGAGGCUAGUUUUAUUGAGGUGGCAUUGGAUGACAGUACAGAUGCAGACGCUUCAGUCAGCACAAAGUCUGUACCAGCCCUGGCGGAAGCUUCGGGGGACAAGGAUAUCAGUUCUGUCACUGCUGCUGCAAAAGAAGAUAAUCAGAGCACUCAGCCUUUCACACCAAGAUCUCAUGAGAUGACCACAUUAGAGGAUGGCCGUAGAACCUCUGAAACUCCAUCUCUGACCCCCAGGUCUAGCAGGAGCAGAGGUCUGUCCAUGAGUGGCUUGUCUUCCUUCAAAACUCCUGGUCAACCUGUGUCCACCACCAGAUCUAGGGUUGGGAGCCGGCGCCGUGAGACAGUUACGAGUACAGCCUUGAAGUCUCCAGAAGAAAUGAUUGAGAUACUCAAGAACAGUCCCAUGAUUGAAUUAACCAGGAGAAGGAGCCGCCAUGUACGACUAUCUUCAGGGAAUCAUCUCAUACCAGUUGUUGAGAACACACCCAUAGAUCAGGGAAUCAUCUCACAACAUGGAGUGCAGAACUUCCGCCAGCUGCUGCUGACAGAGAGAGCCAAGUUACAGCAGUUGUGUGAGGCCUGGACUCAAGUCAGCACUGGUUCACUUGACUUAGCUGAGGAUG